AUGGACUGCGCGACGGUUUUAGCAGCCAUACUCCACGCCACCGGACACGCUACAGAGACUUGGGGAGGCACCGUAUCUCUUUGGGAUGCCAAGUUUACCAAUAUCCUAGAGCUGAUCAAUUUUUGCUUCCUUUUCGUCUUUAUGUUGCAUAUUGUCAACUAUAAAUGGCUCUCCCUAAUUAUGUCAACGACUGCUCGCGAACAUGGACUUCUCAGGUCCCAUUACUCUGCUGCGUUUUUCGGAGCAGCCUACGUGCCCGUCAUAUUAGGGCACGAUCUAUGGGUGGAUCAGGGGACGGCAGUGAAAUUGCAAUUAUUUGCCAUGUGCACAUACUGGACUGUCUUCUAUAGGAAAGAGCAGGAGGUCCGCAUGUGGGAGGAGGAACGGGACAAAUGGCACGAGCAGCUGCGACAGAUGCGAAUCACGCUUGCAGAGUAUGUACGAGAUAUGCGACGAGAUCCUACCCCGGCGCGUGAACGGGGAACGAGAGCAGCCCUGGUCGCCUUCCGGACUGCCAAGGCUCGCAUCAAGGAGAAGGAGAGGCUCCUAUUUCGAGGGGGCUAUCUACGAGAAGCCAAGAGGUUCUCGUGAGCGUAGUUCCUUGUUGGUCGGCUCCGCGUUCAGAUCAUGGUAGAAAAUUAGCUAUCAUUUGCCUGCCACUCGCAUGCACUUGAGUGUAGAGGUGGGAGAUUCAAUCCCAGUAAGAAGAUGGGGAGGAAGUAGCGGAUGAACAAUGAUUCUGAUAGAAUUGCAGGGUCAUAAUAG